AUGAUUGCAACUCCGCAACCUCAACUCGUGCAAAUAACGCUCUCACCACAAGAACUCGAAAGCAAACAAAUCUCAUCACAUAAUCUACAAAAAGCCAUCGAGGCACUCCAUCGCGAUGGAAUCUGCGCCAUCACCAACGCCAUCGACCCGAGUCACCUCGAUAAACUAAACGAGCGUAUGGUCAAAGAAGCCCAAAUCCUCUACGAUAACCCUGACACGCACCGCAACUUCGGGCCCCGUACAGGUAACAUCCAGCAAGAACCCGUAGUCGAACCAGGGUACGUCUUCGACGAUAUCAUCGCCAAUCCCUGGGCCGUGUCCAUCACCGAAUGCAUGCUCGGGCCAAAUCCGCACAUGCGCUUCUACAGCGCCAACACCGCUUUCAAAGCCGACAGUCGCCAACCCGUUCAUGUCGAUGUGCAUUUCGACUUCCCCAAGAUCCCGUUUGGGCUCUGCAUCAACGUCAACCUCGUUGACACAUCUCCAGAGAACGGUGCCACCGAGAUCUGGCUAGGCAGUCACACGGACACAGACCCCAACUCGUCUGACGCACCCGAGCUGUCCGGCGACGGAGUUCGUCGCAAUUUGAUCGAGGAGCGCCGCAGGAUCAGUCCACCUCUCCAGCCGACGCUGCCGAAAGGGUCGUUGAUCAUUCGUGAUUUCCGGCUGUGGCAUGCUGGUAUGCCGAACCAGACCGACGACCCGAGAGUGAUGUUGGUGACGAUUCAUUUUCCGGCUUGGUAUCGGAGUAAGCAGACGUUCUUCUUGCCAAAGAGCUUGAAGGGAAAGAUCAAUUGGGGACGGCUGGUUCCGUGUGUUGAGUGGGUGGAUGAAGACUAUAAUUAUCUUCAAGGAAGACACGAUCAUGACUUCUCUCUGCUGCCGUAG